UCCGGAGUUCGUACCAGAGUCAUCGACAGAGUGUUACAACCAUGGAGAAAAAGUUCCAUGAUAAGGUAGAUAAGAUGAGGAAUCGACGGAGCGCACUCUGACAGCUUGCAUCUGUUCUUCAUUCACGUCGGUGAAAAUUGCGACCCUCAUUCCGUUUUGUUGCUCGCCCUCGCCUGUCGACUCCUCGCCUUUGGUGGGAGUGCAACUGUUGAUGUGAUAGCUAUCUUCAUACUUCUAUUGUUCCCUUUUCUUGCCAGAUAUUAUUAUGUACAUAUAUGUGUGUGGCCUGUGUAGACAAGGAAUGUGUGUCCAAGGUGUCCCCGAAUGUAUUAGCCCUGAAGAAUGGAAUAAAGGCGCGGGGCGGGCGGCCGCAAAGGAGUGAGAAAGUUACAGAAAGAUUUAUUCCGUGCGCGUCCUGUUCGUUCUUUCUCCUGGCCGACAUGAUAUAUAUGCAUCCCAAAGCCAAUGCGUCCCGGGCAGCCAGCUUUGCUACCAAGGCCAUAAUUUGUAGCAGCUAGAUAGAAGUUCAUGGGCUGCUGCGGUGGGGGCGCCAUGUCGUCGUCGUCGUCGUCGUCGAGGCCGAGGGGCGGCAUCCGGGAGGAGACGCUGCUCCGCGUCCCGGGCGCGUCGGUGCACCUCGUGGCCGGCUCCGAGGGGCCCCUCGAGCUCGGCCGCGGCGAACUCUCCGUCGUGAGGAUCUUCAAGGACGACGUGGCCGUGACCACCGUGGUGCGCGUCGGCCGCGAACUCGGCUGGCCGCUGGCGAGGGACGAGCCCGUGGUCAAGCUCGACCGCCUGCACUACCUCUUCACGCUACCGGACAAGGACGGCGGGCUCCUCAACUACGGCGUCUCCUUCGCCGACGCCACGCUGCUGCCGUCCUUUGACGCGCUCCUCAAGUCCAACUCCUGCUUCUCCACGCCUUCCGCGCCGUCGAGGGGCUCGAGGCCGCCGCCGCCGGCGUCGGCGUCGCCCGACGCGUACUGGAACGACUUCUCGCCGAAGGUUGGGAGCUACAACAACGUGCUCGCCAAGGCCAUCGGCGCGGGCACCGGCCACCUCGUCAAAGGCAUCUUCAUGUGCAGCGAGUCCUACGCCAGCCAGGUUCAAAAGGGAGCCAACCUGAUUAGCCCUCAAGCAGCCGGCGGCGCGAGCAAACGCUUCGGCGGCGCCGGUGGAGCUGACGGGAGCAGCCAGGCAGGUCCGGCGAAGCGUGGAGGAGUCAACAAGAGCCUCAAGAGGGUUAAGAAGAUGUCGGAGAUGACGGAGAAGAUGAGCAAGACGAUGCUGGACACGGUCAUCUCGGUGACGGGGUCCAUGGCCGCGCCGCUGCUCCGUUCCAACCAAGGGAAAGCCCUCCUCUCCACCGUCCCCGGAGAGGUCGUUAUCGCCUCUCUCGACGCCAUCAAUAAAGUGAUGGAUGCGGUCGAGGCUGCCGAGAGGAGGUCGCUUGCUGCGACCUCCAACGUUGUUUCUGGUGCAGUGUCCAAGAGGUAUGGAGAGAGCGCAGGGGAGGCGACCGGAGACGCAUUCGCCACGGUCGGCCACACCGUCGGGACGGCGUGGAACAUCUUCAAGAUACGCAAGGCCGUCACACCCUCGUCCUCCCUUCCGGGGAACAUGGUCAAGAGCGCCGUCAGGAACAGAAACUGAGGCCGACUCCACACGGCAGCACCGCCACCGUACCAACAGGUAGUAGCGCUGGCUGUGCUGCCCGGGGAGGACCAUCAGCAUACCUAAUGAAGACAUGUAAUGCUACUCCACAAGUUAUACAGUGUAAUAAUGCUUCUGCUUCAGCAAUUUCGGAUGCCUACAACAACCAAUGCGAGAAAUCAUAAAUCGGUUGCUCACUA